CUUGCGGUAACUGGACAACAUACAGAGCAGAUUGAGGGCUUUCAUUCAAAGCCAAACAUUUAAGUGAAAUGUUAAAAUAAAAUAAUAUUCAUUAAGGUCAAAAAUAAGAUUUAUACACAAAGAAACAGAGAAAAGCGAGGAACAGCGACAUCAUCGCAGACAGAGAGACAGCAGCCCGUGUUUAGAUUCUGUGGACAGAUCUCUACAGCCAGGGACCUCUGGUUGAGUUGACAUGGAAUGACCCAAAUAUAUUUGACACCUUGUCUAUCUGCCCAUCUGUGGUUCUGUGAAAAAAGCCCCGACCUCUUUCCUUAAAGAUAUAUGGUCUGCAACCGACCUUCAGCCGUCCCCUGCCUCAUGAUCUAAGUGGACAGAUGAUAUUGCCGCCUCCUGAAACUGUUGUCACAAAGACAGCGAAGAGGAAGUAGACUGGUGCCAAACUGCGCCUCAAAAGUCUCUGAGGCAGCGAGAGGUCAGCUGUUUGAGAUAUGCCCUCACCCCCCAAUGAUGGAGACGAUCAAGGAACGUCCCCCAUGAACAUGCCACCGGCACUGUCCAAUCAGAAUGGAGUAAAGAGGAAGGUCCACACCAAGAAGAAGAAGAAGGGUUUCAUCACAGCCAACGUUGCAGGAACAAAAUAUGAGAUUGUUCGUGUAGUCAUUGAGGAGAUGAUCUUUCAUAAAGCUAGAGAUGAUGAUGAGAUGGCCAAUCUCAUCUGGAACGACUCUGCAGUGCAACAUGAGAAAAUUGCUGAGCUCAGGAACUACCAGAGGAUAAACCAUUUCCCGGGAAUGGGUGAGAUCUGUCGGAAAGACUGCUUGGCAAGGAACAUGGCCAAAAUGAUUAAAAGUCAGCCUCAGGAAUAUAGCUUCAUCCCCAAAACCUGGAUCUUCCCAGCUGAGUGCACACAGUUCCAGAAUUAUGUAAAGGAGUUGAAACGAAAACGCAAGCAGAAAACAUUUAUCGUUAAGCCUGCGAAUGGAGCCAUGGGUCAUGGGAUAUCUCUGAUUCGAAACUACGAAAAGCUCCCAGUCCAGGACCACUUCAUUGUGCAGGAAUACUUGGAUAAGCCCUUCCUAAUGGAGGGCUACAAGUUUGACCUGAGAUUCUACAUUCUUGUUACUUCCUGUGACCCACUGCGUGUCUUCCUCUACAAUGACGGCCUGGUUCGAAUGGGUACAGAGAAGUACCACACGCCAAACGAGUCGAACCUGAAUCAGCUGUACAUGCACUUGACCAACUACUCCGUAAACAAACACAAUGAGAACUUUGAGCGAGAUGAAACGGUGGACAAAGGCAGUAAGCGGUCUAUUGGGUGGUUCACAGAGUUCCUUCGAACCAACGAUUACGAUGUGGCCAAAUUCUGGGGCGAUGUAUCAGAGCUGGUGGUGAAGACCCUGAUAGUGGCCGAGCCACAUGUCCUCCACGCCUACCGUAUGUGCCGCCCGGGUCAGCCACCAGGGAGCGCCAGUGUCUGCUUUGAGGUGCUGGGUUUUGACAUAAUCCUCGACCGCAAGCUCAAGCCCUGGCUGCUAGAGAUCAAUCGUGCCCCGAGUUUUGGGACAGAUCAAAAGAUUGAUUACGAUGUGAAGAAGGGGGUUUUACUCAACGCCCUGAAACUGCUCAACAUCAGAGCGAGUGAUAAACGACGGAAUCUGGCCCAGCAGAAAGCGGAAGCCCAGCGACGGCUGUACGGACAGGGAUCCACGCGGAAACUGACGGCUGGAUCAUCGGAAUGGGAGAAACAACGUCACCUACUCGAGCGCAGGAGAGAGGAACUGAAAGAAAGACUGGCCCAAGUCCGCAAGCAGGUCUCCAGGGACGAGCACGAAAAGCGGCACCUGGGGAACUACAGGCGUAUUUACCCCCCAGAUGACAAGCUGCUCUUGGAGAAAUAUGAGAGUCUCCUUUCAGCUGCCUUUCAGACAUUCCUCGCUGGGCGAGCAGCUUCACUUCAAAAGGAAAUGAAUAAUCCACUGAAACGAAUGAAGGAGGAAGAUAUCCUAGACCUCCUGGAACAGUGUGAACUGGAUGAUGAGAAACUGAUGGGAAAAACCUCUAAACAAAAAGGACCUAAGGUCCUGUCAUCCAUGCCUGAGAGCAGCCCGACACCCAGAGGGCACAGAGACCCUGAAGACUCUUCGGCCAGCUGCAGCGACAGCAGCUCCGGUUCCGACGCUGAUGGAGAAGAUGAAAGUAGCAGCAUCACGCAGGAGAAACUCAAUCGCCCCGAACGCUCAAGUCGUGUUCAUUGGAAACCUGCCCCUAAACCAAUGCGAGGUGCUUCCUCCUCCCCCAAUUUUUCUGGGCUCAUCCGCCGCUCCAUGUCCUGUCCACGCUCCAUAUCCUCUCUGACUGCGCAGUCACCUACCAACGAGACCAGACAGCCAAAAACAGCCACUCACAUGGCUAAUGCAUCGACCGCAGCCGCUCAAACGGCAGCCACCAUGAUGCAGAUGACCCCGGGUCGACCCCACACAGUAUCUCGGUCCCAGUCGCUCAGUCGCAACAGCUCUACAAACAGAGUUCCACACAGCAGCAGUCUAGGUGCCAUUCAUCCAAAUACGGCGCAGGGAGAGACCCCACUGAGUAAAGAGCAGGAGGCCGAGCUGAUGCAGCAGACGCUGGCUGCGCUCGGGGAGAUGAGGAUUCGUUACCCCGGGAAGAGCGAGGAGGAGGCCGAGGCCGUGUUGGAUGAGAUUCUGAACAACUGGAAAUACCAUAAACCAAAAGUUGCAUCUUACUGGCUGGUGAAGUUAGACGCCACCAAACAAAGGAAGGUUUUGGAUAUUGUUCGUACCAACAUCCGCUCAGUGCUGCAGCGAAUUUGGAGUGAACCGGAUGUGGAGAGUCUACGCCUUUACCGCCUUUUCAACCGUGUUUUUAACCGUCUGCUCUGGAGUCACGGUCAGGGGCUCUGGAACUGCCUCUCCAGCUCUGGCAGGUCAUCAUGGGAGAGCGUUUUCAGUAAGAGCAGUGAGGUGGUGACCGCACAGGAGCUGAGGUGCUGCCAGCGUGUCGUACAGUUGUGUAGAGACUGUCUGCUUGUAGUCUACAAGUUUGUGGCCGACUCCCGCGGUUCUCUCAGCGGACUUAGCCCGGACUGGGAUGACACAAGGUAUCUGCUGCCAGUCACCUCCCAGUUCAUCAUCAAGUGGCCGUCUUCUAGCUUCGGCCGCUCAGCGUCCUCAACACGCCCCCGCAGCGUCUUUACCGCACGGAUGGGCCACUUCUGAUGGCCGCUGGACUCCGACACCUGCUGGGGGAGAACAUAUUCAGACCUCUGUGAGAAUGGCAUAAUGCCUGGGACCUCCGCAAAUUCCAGGAGCGUAUGUAAGGGGAUUUGCCCGCCUGCUUUGGUAAUGCGUCAGAUGCAUAUGAUCGACAGUUCUCUGCCUCCCUUCUGCUGUAAAAAAUAUCUGCUGCAUUGCUUAGGAUGCUGCAUCUCCCUUAAGAUGCUUGCAAAUAAAUUCAUAAUGUUCAUCAUCUUUACAAGACUGUACAAUUUAUUAAUUUCAGUGAAUGUUUUAGUGUCAUGGAUUCAGAAAAAAAUGUCAUGUUCACCUUUUUUUUUUUUUUUUUUUUUUUUUUUUUGCUUUGACCAUAGUGGUACUUUUUUAUCACUUAAUUACAUAAUUUAAUUUUCUUAAUAUUCAAUUUUUAAUUUACAUCAUUUAGUAUAUUUUACAUUCUGCUCAGAAUUAAAUUUACAACACAGGGCGUUCGCAUAGGUUCUCAACAGAUGCGUGAAAUGACUGACUAUUUAAUUAUGGCGAUACAAACACACACAAACAGCAUGAUGUGUUACAAUGGCCAAAGAUGUGAGUCUAAAAUCAGGAAUUUGUUUUCCACUGUGGGGAACCUUGUGUAUGUUUGAUUUGAUUUGCCAAUCAGUUUCAUUUAUUAAUUAAAAAUAAUCAUAAAUGUAAUGUGUAAAUGUAAUGCAUUCAGGAAGAACAACACGCUACAAAGUUGUAUCUCAUGCAAUUGACAAGCUCACUUUUUUUUUUUUUAAUGUGGCACAGUGGAGGAAACUACGGAGCCCCUAAAGGGACAUGGUGGUGGGAAGAAAAAAAAUAUGAGAUGGGAGGAAAAAUAGUAAGUCAAUGCUUUUGCGUUUUCUCGCAAAUGUUUUGCAUUCCUCCGAAAAACUUUGCAUUCCCUUGAGAAAAUUUACUUUCGCUCGCAAAUAGUUUUAAGCUCUUUGCAAAAAUUUUGCGAGGGAACACAUAGUUUCUCAAAGGAACGCAAAACAUUUGUGAGAGAAUGCAAAAGCAUUGACAAAUAAUUUUUCCUCCAUCUCAUACUGUUUUCCUUCACCAUGUUCCUUUAGCAGCUCCGUAGGAAACAAUUGUAGACCAAUAAUUUUAAAACUUAAUUAGAAAGGGAAAGAGUGUUAAAUAGUUAAGUAUUAGAUUUGGGAUCAGGGUUUAGGUUAGAGGUUAGGUCUAGGGUUUUAUGACUAUUAUAGAUUAGGAAUUAAAAAUGCUUACUGUUUGGAGUAAACGCUCUGUUAUUCUAGACUAUAGUUGCCUGUUCUGAAUUUAAAGCUGAGAUCACCUAUCAGCUUAGGGGACGUAAGUCUCUUUUACAUAACUUUUAUGAGCCAUACUGUGUAGAUGCAAACAUGAACCUCAGCGUCUGUGCUGACUGAUAUGUGUCCUUGCAGUGUUGAGGAGAGGGAUUUUCAAUAUUGCUGUCGGUAGAGUGUGUCUAUGAGCUCAGUGUGCUAAAAUUUGGAUGGCUGCAUCUUAAUUGAUACUUGAAUUAAUUUAUGCUAUUUAUUUUAUUAAAAUGUCUGUGUUUACAUCUAAUUUAAAGUUUGUUUUAACCAUGCUUGUUCAUUUUAACCAUGGCAUAACCAAUGUAUCAGUGAUUUUAUGAACAGAAUGACCUUUUAUGAAAGUACUGUAAUAAGUGCUAAUUGCAGAGCUUUGCUUUGGAUCUAAUUAGGAUACAGUAAAUGUUUAUGUAGUGUUUUCGUAAAAGUGACCUGGAUGUGCCAGCUCAAACCACGCUGUGCCAACACUACUAGCAGUGUGUUAUUGAGGAGCUCUAUGUGUUUUUUUUUUUUUUUUUUUCCCCUUUUUUUAUUUUUUUUUUUUAUUUUGGUAAAUAAGAGAAAUUGUAGUGACAGUGUUCUGACAGCCAACUAUUUAAUUCCCUGUGAAAAAAGCGAUAACCCGACACGUAUUCAAUGGGCCACACGUAUUUAAGGUCAUUUUGCCCAACUUACCAUCAUGUCACAAUGCCAAAUAUUAUUUUUGCCUGGAUUUUCAUUCAGGAGAAUGGUUUUUAAUAGCAAUAAAAGGCUUAAAACAUCCAAA